AAAGUACAUAAACGAAACAGAAAAAAACAGACAGGAAACCAAAACCAAAAGUUGUGUUUUAUUUUUCCUCUCUUCGCAAAGUUUUUUGCCACCAAAAAUCCAAUACAAUAACUAUUUAUCUACAAAAUACUAAGCCUUGCAUCUUAUAAACAAACUAAACUAAAAGUAAACUAAUCGUAAGUCGCACAAAAACCAAAGAAAAUCGAGUGAAAAACAACAUCAGCGUCAGAGUUAUUUGGUUCAACCUCUUUUUUAUAUCAAAUAUAUAUUCUCUCAACUGCACUGCCGCAACUUUUCGACAAAUAUGAUUUUUUUCUGAAAAAGAAAACCUAAAAAACAAAAAACAAAAGAUAAAAAACUUUUAAAAUAUUCGUACAAAUAUACUUAAAUAAAUAAAGAAACUAUGCAGAAAUUCUUAUGAACCGCAGACACAGCAUAAACCAGAACAAAAGACAAACAACUAACCCAAAUCUAACAGAUUAACGAAAAUUUGUUAACAAAUUUUUGGAGCUACAUAAAACCGUGUAAACAAAAUGCAAUAGUCUAACUCACUUAUUGAGUACACUUGACAUAAACUGUGAUUAUGAGUUCCACAAAAUCUCAAGUAGCCCUAGCUACGAAUAUUCCAACCAAUUUAUCCUCUGCCGCUUCUGCCUCAACAGCGGCCGCUGCGGCCGCCGUUGUAGUUGUUGCCAGUGCCAACGCCGCCGUUGCCUCAAACACUAACUCAUCCUCCGGAGUGGGAGCGGGUGUGGGACUUGGAGGAGGAGGAGGAGGAGUAGUUGUUGCAGCUGCAGUCGCUGCUGCCAGCGGACCUGCUGCAGCAACAGGAUCAGCAUCUUCCUCUGUAUCUUCGGGAGCAGCUGGAACUGCUGUUCCAACAACAACAGCAACAUCCUCUGUUGUUGCCACCACCGCCGCCGCCACCACUGUUGCAGCCCCUAGUGUUGCUGCAGUAACCACAAGCAACUGCAGCAGCAGCAACAACAACUGCAACGAGGAGUUCCAGACAGUGCCAGGAUCCGGAUCAGGAGGAGCUGCCAAUUUGGGACGCCAGAAUAGCUUCGGCAACAGACGGGGCAACAUGAAGGGCAAACAUCUCACACGCAGCCAUGCAAUGCGUGAGUCGACAUCACCGCCGCGCACGCCAACGCCGCGCGCCGCCUCCGAGCAGCUCCAGGGGGAAGCCCAAGAAAACAACAAUAGCAACAAUAAUAACAACAACAAUAAUGCCAUCAUCAGCAAUAACAACAACAGCAAAGCACAAUCAACUGGAAGGGGCAACUCGCCGUUGAUGGAGGCGCCACCUGCGGUGAUUGUCACUAGUCAGCAGCAGCAGCAGCAACAGUCGCCCCCGAAGCCGCAGCAGAAUGUCCCGCUCAGCAAUGAGGCAGAGUUCCCAAAACUAUCGCCACCAAAGAAAUCCGGCGGACAGCACAAUCGCACCAAUAGCAAUGGCAGUGGCAUGGAGUACAAUAACAACACCGCUGGCAAAAAGUAUGUUGUGGAUCUGAAAACCAAUGGCCUGGACAUCCAGAAGCAUCAGAACAACACCAACAGCACUGGCAGCAACUCUUCCACGGGUGUAAUAUACAACUCUGGGAUGAACUACAAGGCGGCAGAGCGACAUGAACGCCACGAGCGUCACGAGAUGUCCAGCCAGAACAGUAAUCUGAGCAAUAACCAUGACGAGGAGCCGUAUCACUACGAGCCAAGGGGAGCUGGCGGCAACAAGAAGCAUCGAGCCAACAACAACACCAAUGCCAAGGGUAACAAGCCGCGCUUGAAGAAUCUCGGAGGCAGCUCAUCCGGCAGCAUUGACGGGGGCAACAAUGGAGGAGGAGGAGGCGGAGGAAACGUGUCCAACUCCAACAACUCGAGCAGCAACAACACCUCGGGCUUCAUAUCGCGCGUCUUUCAUCAAUCAGAGAACUCGAGCGAACAGUACACGGACUAUGGUGGCACCGAUCUCCUAAUGUUCUUUCGCGACACACUCAACAAGAAUCCCAAGGAUCGCAAUAUCUUGCUUAAGAUCGAGAAGGAUUUGAUGGAGUUUGUUCAGGAGAAUAGUCGCGGCUGUGAGUAUCGUUUUCCGCCCGCUUCCUCUUACAAUCGCAUGCUGAUCCAUCGCACCGCCGCCUUUUUUGGCAUGGAGCAUAAUGUGGACACCGAGACACAGCAGUGUGUGAUUGUGGCCGUCACCAAGGGCACGCGCAUACCAGAGAUACGCUUCCAGUCGCUGGUGCGCGACGAUGCACGCAAAUCGAUUCUGAAGCGGGACACGCACAGCUUCGACGAGGUGCGCCAGUCGCCCUACUUAUGCCCGCUCUCCCUGGACCGUAAGGCCAAGAGCUUUGAGGAGCGCGAGGAGGACUAUGAUCGGGCGCGUAGUCGCAUCUUUAGUCGAACUGGCGGCGCCCAGGAUGGUUAUUCCGGUGGCGGUGGCGACGAGGAGUGCUACGGUGGCUGGGAGCAGCAGCAGCAGCAACAGCAGAAGCAAUCCCAGCAGCCGCCCAGGCCAAAGAGGCCCAAUGGAAAGAUGCUGCAAAUGCAGAAUUCCACGGAAUCGCGGGAUGGUUCUAUGCGUUCGGGCGGCGGAGCCGUGCCCAAGUCCCACAACUUUGGCAACUAUGGUGGACCGCCCAGUUCCGGUGGUCCCGGCAACAAUUCCCUUCCGCGCGGUGAUUCCACAAACUCGAACAAGAGCGGACGCGGCUUCGUCAAGCAGGACUCCACUGGCAGUACCUCCACACCAUGGCGGCUGUCACCUUCCAGCAGUGGCUACAAGACUCGCACCCAAUCCGUGCGCUCCGACUCCGUCACGCCCUCGCCCACGGGCUACGGCAGCGACAGGCAGACGCCGGAGCUGAACCAUCCGCCUCCGCCCAGUCACAGUCAUGGCCAUAGCAGUCACAGUCAUGGGCAUGGGCAUGGCCAUGGGCACAACCACAGCCGGGUAUCCGUGGUUGGAGCACAGGCAGGCACAGCAGGCGCAACAUCGCCGCCCCUGGGAAUAGUGGGAGCCGCGUCCGGGUCGGCAUCGGCAUCGUCGUCGUCGUCGUCGUCCAACUCCUCGGGGACAUCGGGACUCGUCUGGGCCGUCACAGACAUUUCGAAUGUGCCAAUUGGCAGCCUCCUCAUUGAUCCGCAAACCCUCCAACCAAUUGUCAAUGCAGACGGUUCCAUCUACCACUACGACCCGUCCAACCUGCCGCCCAACCAGGCGCUCCAGCACACGGGGGGCAAUCAGUACCAGUCGCAGGGCAACUCCAACUCCGGUGGCUACAACAAUUAUCGCAAAUCGUCUCCGCAUUUGCAGCAGCAACAGUUGCAACAGCAGCAGCAGCAUCAGCAUCAGCAACAGCUGCAGCAACAACAGCAGCAGCAGCAGCUACCACCGCAGCAACAGCAGUAUGUCACCACUGAGCUCUCCUGCAGUUCCACCGAGAGCUACGCAGAGGAGACCCAAUCACCGGGCAUGGAGUGCUCCGAAGGAUACGAGAGCUACGACCAGCAGCAGCAGCCGCAGCAGCAGCAGCAGGAUGGAGGCAGCGUCAAGGGUGACGAUUGUGAUAGCUUGGCCAGUGCCACGGCCUGCCUGAGCAUUACCACUUCCAUCUCCACGAAGAACUACGAUCGUAUCGAGGUGCAAAAGUACAAGAACCAGGCGACCAGUCCCAAUAUACCCGCCUGCUGUGCUUUGGGUGAGAAGCAGCUGGAACUGGACGGAGCUGCCGGAGCUCAGCAGGAGUUGCCUCAGGAGCAGGAGCCGCUGGCUGGACCCUCUUCUUCCGCCUCGGCUGCUUCAUCCGACCUUCUGCCGCCGGCCAGCCAGACGCCUCUGCCUCUGCAGCCUCUGGUGGCUGCUGCCACGCAGGUCAACUGUGACCUCCAGUCCGUCUCGCCCAGCUCCACGCCCUACAGCCAGUGCGAGGUUAAGACGCCCAGCCAGAGUCAUGGACCCAGUGUGGCCGUUGUUGAGGAGCCCAAGACCACCACCUGGACGUAUACGCAGAGCUAUCAAGCGCCGGAUGGAUCCACCGUCUUUCACACAACCACAACGCCCAACGGGGCGGCGCCCUACUGCGCCACCACAUAUCAGCAGGGGCCCGAUGGCAGCAUCUAUGCGGUGCCGCAGGGCAUGGUAUAUGCCGCUUAUCCUCAGCCCGGCGUGGCCAGUGCCGGCGGCGCCUCACAGCCGCUCUUCCAGCUGACGACCAGCAGCCAUCCGCCCACCCAGACGCUGUUCGCCUCGCCGGAGGCUGGCGGCGAGCUAACCGGCGGCACCUACAUGAUACCUGUCUUCGAUCCCGCCCAGCAGCCGCGCGAGGGUCUCAUACCGGCGCAGGCCAUCUAUCAGGCGGGACCAGGAGGACCGGCGACGGCGACCACGGUGAUGCCAAUGGCAACGGCGGCUGCCUAUCCGACGGCCCAGUUUGCAACGGCAGCGGCACCCAAUGGCGGGCCCAUCUACCAGGCGCCGCUCAUCUACUCCAGCGAACCCGGCGGCGGCGGUGCCCAGAUCCAGCAGCUGCCCAUGGCCCCGUAUCCGAUCCAAUACUCGUAUCCGUAUUACCACCCCAUUUCGUACUAUCUGCCCCAGCAGGCGGUGGCUGCCGCGCCCAUGGUGGCGGCCACCCAGCCCCCAGUGCAGCAGCAGGUGCAGCACACGCACGCUCACACGCCGGGAGCUGGAACAGCGGCUGGUCCUCAAGCGGUGGUGUCAGCACAACAGCACCACCAGCCGCAUCAGCAGCAGCACCACAAUAACCACCAGCAUCAGCAGCAGCAGCAGCAGACGAGCAAUGGCGGUGCUGUGGUGAGCUCCUCGAGCGGUUAUGGAGGACGUGUUAAGCGUACGCCCGGCGGUGGAUCCAUUCACUACAAUCCCAGCAGCUACCCGCCCAGUUCGGUGGGCCACCACCAUGCCGGUGGCGGCGGUGGUGGUGCUGGUGGGCAUCAUGGGGCGGCCGGUUCCGCCCAGCUGAUUGCUGCUCCGGCGGCCAGCACAACCACAUAUCAUGCGGUGCCCACGCUGACGCUGGCCCACGGUGGAGGAGCGGCUGGCUCGGAUCUCAGUGGUGCGGCGGGAGCGGCACAUGUGUACGCGCUGCCAGCCCAACAUGCCACCGCGUUGAUCCCAACGAAUAUCUUCCCCUAUGCGGCGGCAGCGGCGGCGGCAGCAGCAGCAGCAGCCGGUGGUGGUCCACCCACAGCUCCUCAGGUGGUUCAGCAGGCGCCACCACCGCCACAGGCGGGGCCACAUCACGCACUGAUCACGGCGGCUCCCUUCUAUCCAGCGGCCAGUGGGAGUGCCAUGGAUCAGGUGACCUCGCAAUCGGCACCCAGUACGCCAGCGGCUCCGGGAAGACAGGCACCGCUGUUUAGUACGCCGCCAGCACAUCCCGGCAACAAUGGGAAUAGCAGUGGCAGCAGCAGCAGUGCCGGGGGAGGCGGCGGUGGCUACCACAGUAACAGCUCCACGGCGCACUACUACCAGAGCCAGAGCAGCAACGAGGCCGGCGGCGGUGGCGGCGGCUACUCACCCUACGAAAAGCGAAACAAUGGAGGAGCAUCGGGAGCACAGACAGUGGGAGGAGGAGUGCGCAAACCCUAUCAUCCCGGCGGCUACAAUCCUAGACACCACUCGGUUCCCCUGGGUGGCAUGCCCUCCGGGGCCAAGACGCCGCUUCUCAACUCCAACAACGAGCCAACGCCGCGUGCCUCACCCAGCAGCGUGAGCCUGGGAGGAGGAGGCGCCUCCUCGUCUUCCGGUGGAGCCACUAGCGGUGGCAACACCACCAGCUAUCACCAUCGCGGGCCACCGCCUCCCCAUGCCAUGGGUGGCAAGCGGGAGAACAAGCCCAACCAGCUGCCGCUCAUCAGUGGCCCCCCGCCGCCGGCGCCCAGCUAUGCGACGAGCUCGACAAAUCCCGGCAGCUACGAGACCAAGCCGCCCAUUCGCCUAAAUGCCGGAGCCGCCAGCUUCCGGAGCCAGAAGUCCAUGAGCCAGAAUCAGGACUAUCGGCGCAGCGUCUCCCAGCGCAACUCGCCCAGCGCCAAUGGUGGCAACGGCGGCGGCGGUGGCGGCAGCCACGAGAGCAGCAACAACUCGCCCAACAGUAUUGCUGGCAGCAACAGCAACAACAAUAGUGCCGCCAACACGCCCAACGCUGCUCCACAGCCAACCCUGGUCACCAGUCACUCCGGCGGCUAUGUGGUCCUGGACCAGGCCACCGGAGCUGCCCUGAAUGCUGCCUCACCGCCCGCCAUUUAUCUGGGUAGCGGUGGUGCCGGUGCAACUGGUGGUGCUGCUGGGCCAGCGGCUGGCUCGAAUGGUGGACCGCAACCAGGUGGCGGCGGCGGCGCCCGCUCGCACAUUCCCACAGCCCAGCUGCAUCAUAGUGCCGCCGCUGCUGCCGCUGCCGCAGCCGCUGGCAGUCAGCAGGCCACAGCAGCGGUUCUCAGCGGCGUGGCCGCUGCGGCCGCCCUUGGCGGCUAUAAUCCAAAUGGGGCGUCCGCCGGUGUAUACUUCAAGUACGGCCAGACGUACUUUGCGCAUCCCUCGGUAGCCUUGCCCAACAGUCGACGGUCGCCGUCGAAUGAUAUCCGGCCGCAAAUGGCGCAGGUGGCCGGCAUGUAUCCCACAAUGAUGAUACAAGCGCGUCAUCCCAGUCGCCAUCCGAACCCGAACUACAAAGGUUCGCGUCCGCGGUAAAGCCAGCCGGAAAACUCCAAUAUAUAGGAAACCCAAAAGCAAAACAAAAACUACAUAAACAUAACGGCAUACCUAAGAUAAAUAUAAAAAUAGCAACCUAAUCUAGUGGAACAUAAAGUAGUUGACAACCAUAAUACUAGGAGAGCAAGUGGAGCGGAUGAACGGAUAACGGAUAACGGAUAAAUGGAUAAAAGGAUGGCUGGAGGCAAGGAACCUCGUCGAGUGCUGGCCGCAGAGAGUUGUCGGGCAUUUUGGUAGCAGUAGCUGGAAAGGAAAAGAAAUCGUGGCACCUGGAACCAAAACCGAACUAUAAAGGAGCCGGAGGAGUUAAGUAAGAAACGGAAAGGGGGAACCGACAAAGCAUAGCCUCUAUAGAGUUAAGUUACCACAACUGAUCCGCUACAGAGACAGAGAGAGGGAGAGAACAGGAUAAAGGAAGAAAGAAGGAAGUAAAUUGAAUGCUGUAUAUUUUGUGCCAUUACAAAAAUAGUCUUUAAUAUAAAGAAACAAAGAAACGAAGAACCGAAGAAGCCGAAGAAGAAGCAAUAAAUGAAAACACACAACGACGGACUGAGGACUCUUGACCCGGACUUGAACUUGCACUCUUCCAAUCUCCCGGAAUUCUCAAAUAUAUUUCCAAAAGCUGCUACCAAAAACGAGGAAAAAAAGUCAACUAAUUACCAAGUCGCCUUGCUUUUUGGUGUGUUUAAUUGAAUACGUUUUAAUUAUUUUAAAAAUCUCAACCGAAAGCCAAGAACAGAAACUCAACAGCAACUGACUGACCCCGACCCGGACUCGUACCCGGACUGCUGCUGCUGCGCGAGUCUUAUAUCUAAUUUUGUCCAGCAAAAUUCAAGUGUAAAAGCUCUUCUUCGACGGGAAAGUCUCUCUGCGACACAGGCCACCAAAUCUGCUUAUUGAAAUCUAUAAUUUAGCGAGUCAAUUAUUAAUUAUUAUUUCUGUAAUUUUAAUUAUUGAAAAUUUGUUACAUUUGAUUUUUGAUUUUGUGAAAUAUUUUCCUUAUUACGUUUAUGUUCUUUCGAAAUAGAAUAUCCUUAUAAUUUUUCUGUUCCUUAAUUGCAAAGAAGUUGCAGCUAAAAAAUUUCGUUGUUAAGCAUAAGCAAAGUAAUAAUAAUAAUAACGAUAAUGAUAAUAAAAACCAAGAGAAACUGAAGGAUGGAGCAGUCAAGCAGCUAUAUACAUUUAUUGUUAAACAAAAUAAUUAGCUUAGCGUAUAAACUACAUAUGUAUAUGUACCAUCUAAAUAAUAUAAUAGGCAAGUGAAAAAAACAGAGAAAAAGAAAAGAAAAUCGAAAAGUAUAUAAUAAAAAGAGAAGCCACAUGAUUAGUUAAAAGUUAAA